AUGGCAGUCUCUUGGGGAACAAUCAAGUCGGUCCUCAUCUUCUUCGGGCCCAUCCUUCUGCCAAAGGCAAUAGGAUACUACCGCACCAUCCGCGCGGGGCCCUCCGCCAACGGGCUCACGAUCCGUCCCUUGAACCCGAAAGUUCUACGCGCACUCUCCCUCCUCAGUUUAACGACGCUCCUCUACCUCCUCCUCUCCCUGCCACCCUCUGCGCCGGAGAACCUCUUUGAACGCACACAAUCCCGCCUCCAAAUUCCCACCGACGUCCUCUUUGCGCGGCUCUCUUCUCUCCGGCCCAAAAAUGUCCUCACUCCCUCGGACACGGCCCUGCGCAAUAAAUUUGUAAACAUGGAAUCCCGCACGCUCUACCUGCAGUUCGGCCCGGAAGUCCUGGCCAACUGCCCCUUCUGCACCUCCGACGACCCACGCAGUUACUUCUACUACGCUUUGCCGUCCCUCCUCUCCCCACACCUGCUGAACUUGAUCGUCCUCUCCAUCGCGACGUCGGGCCUCCUCGUCGGCCUCGACGGCAGCAAAUGGCGCCGCGCAACGGUAAUCUCUACGCUCGUCCUCGCCGCCCUCGAUGUCUACGUCGUUAGCAGUUACAACCACCAGUCCAACGCGCACCGGCCGCGCCUCGCCGAACUCGAUAUGUUCUUCUGGACGGCGCGCGUUUACCGACUGCUAGCGCUAGCCGUUCUUGACGUCGCCUUCGCCGCACUCUUGUACCUCUCGAGCACGAACCGGGCGUUUGCUUCGCCUCCGUCGCCCGCGGAACGCGUCGAGGCCGUAGCGAGACGGUUGCUGAUGACGAAGAGCAAGAUCAAUGCCGUGGGGAUCGUCAAGAACACGGCGAUUCGGGACGAGGAGCUGAGAGAGCGGAUGAGAGCUUAUUGGCAGCAUGAGGGCAGGCUGAUGCGUGAGGUCAUGGAGGAGAGGGAGGUGAUUGAGGGGGUGAAUGAUGCGUUGCAGAAUCGGAUCAACAUUCAGGAUAUAUCGCGCGAUGCCAAGACGUAUGCGAUAAAUAUGUUACCCAAGGCUGAGGAUACGGUUCAGGAAACCGUGGUGGGUUAG